CGUCUCUACUUUACACCAAAUUUGACGGAGGUUCCAUCGUCAUCCAUGUGAGAAAAAAAUUUUUUACUUAGAGUCACUUCGUCGAGUUGAUUGUUUCGUUGUCGAAUAUUUGGUGAGUAACAAAAAAAAGCAGCUUUUCGUGAAGCCAAUGGCAUCGAGCAUGGACGUGGAGGAAGAGGAGUUCGAGAUGCCGACCUCGAGUAGUGCUAGGGGCGAGAAAAAACGCUUCGAGGUCAAAAAGUGGAACGCCGUCGCACUCUGGGCAUGGGACAUAGUCGUUGAUAACUGUGCAAUUUGCCGCAAUCACAUCAUGGACCUGUGCAUUGAGUGCCAAGCCAACCAGGCUUCUGCCACCAGCGAAGAGUGCACAGUUGCUUGGGGUGUUUGCAAUCAUGCAUUCCACUUCCAUUGCAUUUCUCGCUGGCUCAAAACAAGACAAGUUUGUCCACUUGACAAUCGUGAAUGGGAGUUUCAAAAAUAUGGACACUAGACGCCUAUUUUUCGUGUCGAUUUUUAUAACAUCAAAGUUGAAGUUGAAACAUCAGAAUGUGAA